AUGUCAAACAACAACGCCAGCAGCAACUUGGUCAUCGCGCAGAGAGUCGUGAAACAGCUGCGGUUGGAAGCCAGUGUCCGGAGGAUCAAGGUAAAAAAAUGAUCAUAUUAGCAACACUAGCACCAAACAAACACGGAAGAGCUGUAAACGACAUUCCUGUCGCUGGGACAGCAUAGCCGCCUUGAGCAGGCUAGGCUAGUGACGUGAAACAAAGUAGCAAACACGAAGUUACAAUGUUGCAAAGUUUGCUUAAUGAAGUUGUCAUGUUAGGUAUAAUGCAGUUAUAAAUGUUGCUGCCUUGUAUCAAUGUUGUCAUGUUACAAAUGUCUAUUGAACAGUAGGCUAACCUACAUCGUCGCCUCCUGUCAGUAGGCUAGUAUUGUUGACAAAGUAGGCAAAAGUUGAUGGAAUUAUGAAUUACUAUCCUAUUUGAUAGCCUUUAUUAUUUUGGUUAUCGAGACAGUCCUAGGACCCUGGUCCUGUAUCGGUGGCCUGCAGGGUAGAAAGCGUGAAAUAGAUUGAAAGUCAGAGUGUAGGCCUAUCUUGGAUGGGUCAGUUCUCAGUUCACUAACAUUCCCACGGGCUAGUAAUAUUCCGAAGCCGGUUUUUCCUUCUCCAAGUAAACUUGUCAUAUAACUGCCUCUGCCUACACAUGCUAGGCUGCUUCUAGCUCCCGAAAACCCUUCUCCGUAUGUAGGGUUUUCAGCCAUUAUAUUCGCCCACAUUUGGCUCUGUGUAUGUAAGCUACAAUUCUGAUGCUGUGUUUUAACGUCUGUUAAACAGUUUUCGAAACCUAUGCUGAUAUGCCCCUUAUCUUUUCUCAGGUAGAAUCUUUGAAGAAAAUAAUAUACAGUUACUGUAGCCAUUAUAUUUUUGAUUUGAAAGAUUAUUUCUUGCUGACAUUAAAGAUAAAGGGCAUAUCAGCAUAAAUUUCGAAAACCGUUUCGAAAUCGACGAUUGUUGACGUAUAUCUCGAUUUGGCCUCCACAAUUGCGUCACAGCCUCUGUAUACGGAGCCUCCAGACCUAAUUUCGGAUUAAGUAUGAAUCGGUUUUUACACACAGGUGUUCUGAGCAGCUAGAUACAUUUCACAUUUUAGUCAUUUAGCAGACGCUCUUAUCCAGAGUGACUUACAGGAGCAAUUAGGGUUAAGUGCCUUGCUUAAGGACACAUCAACAGAUUUUUCACCUAGUCGGCUCGGGGAUUAGAACCAGCGACCUUUCGGUUACUGGCACAACGCUCUUACCCACUAAGCUACCUGCCGCCACAUGUGCUAAUUAGCUCCGUCUUCCGUAAACAAGUGCUGUAACAUGGACAUAUGGCCGUGUGGGAACACUAACCAUAACUCUAUAAAGUUGUGUAGUAAUAAACAUUGUGUUUUUAUUUUAUUUCUCGCUGAUAUGAAAGAUGCACUCCUUAUGUUUCCAAAACAGUACUGCAAGCGAUGCGUGUUAAUGUUUAGAGCAAGCGUCGGGACUCCUAACAAACCUCCCCUGGUCAGAAGACAUGUAUCGUCAAUAAGCGCUAAAGUAGUUAGCGUCUAUGAGUGGGGCAGGCUACUUCCUGUACAGGGCAUGAAGUACUCUCUUCUUUGCAUUGGAAAUCCAGCUGUAGCCCAACUGUAGUUUAGUCACUAGCAAAUGUAUUCAAAACUUCUGUGUUGAGAUCUGUUACUAUGGAAAUGAGGCUGUGUAGUAGCAGCAGUGCAGUACAGGAGGCUACAGUACAGUGCGCUAUAGGUUUCAAGUUUUAAUGUCACAGGCACAAGUACAGUGAAAUUAUUUUAUUGCUAACUCAAAACCCAACAAUGCAAUAAUCAAUAACAAUGUAUUACUAGAAAGAAAGAAAAAAACACAAGAAAUAAGAAUAGGAAAUAUGAAAUACACGAUUAAGUAAGUAGGUCAGCAUACUAUAUACAGGAAAUAUUUAAAGAGUCAGUUCCGAUACCAUAUUUACAAUGUGCAGGGAUACUGGAGUGAUGGAGGUAGAUAUGUAUAGGGGUAAGGUGACUAGGCAACAGGAUAUAAUAUAAACAGAGUAGCAGCAGCUUGUAUGUGAGUUGGUGUGCGGGGGUGUAGAGUCAGUAUAAAUGUAUGUGCAUAUUAUGUGCGAGUGUUUGUGUGUGUGUUGGAGUGACAGUGUGAGUGUGUGUGUGUACAGCCCUGUGAGUGUUUGUGUGUGUGUUGGAGUGACAGUGUGAGUGUGUAUGGCCCUGUGAGUGUUUGUGUGUGUGUUGGAGUGACAGUGUGAGUGUGUAUGGCCCUGUGAGUGUGUGUAGACAGUGCAGAGUUUGAAUUAAAAGGUUAAUAAAGAUACAAGGUUAACUCAGUCCGUGUAGCUUUUUUGUUAGCUAUUUCUCAGUCUUAUUGCUUGGGAAUAGAAGAUGUUCAAGAGCCUGUUGGUGCCAGACUUGGUGCACCGGUACCUCUUGCUGUGCGGCAGCAGAGAAAAUAGUCUAUGGCUUGGGUGGUUGGGGUCUUUGACGAUUUUCCAGGCCUUCUUUUCACACCGCCUGAUAUAGAGGUCCUGGAUGCCAGGGAGCUCGGCCCCAGUGAUGUACUGGGCUGUCCGUACAACCCUCUGUAGCGCCAUGCGAUCGAGGGCGGUGCUAUUGCCAUACCAAGCAGUGAUGCAGCCAGUCAAUAUGCAGUAUGGACCCCUUGUUUACUCCAUGUCACCUCACCACUGUGUCUACACCUGGAAUGUAUUAGUAGCAUACAGGCCCGGUUUCCCAGAUUAAGCCUAGUCCCGGACUAAAAGCAUGCUCAAUGGAGAUUCUCUAUUGAAAGCUCAUUUUAAUCCAGGACUAGGCUUGAGAUGUGUCUGGAAAACCGGUCCAUAGUGCAUAUAGCUCCUGUAGGUUUUCGCUCCAACCCCAGUUGUAACUAACCUGAUUCAACGUAUCAACCAGCUAAUUAUUAGAAUCAGGUGCGCUAGAUUAGGGUUGGAGCAAAAACCUACAGGAGGGUAUCUCUCCAGGAACAGGGUUGGAGUGAACCUACAGGACAGUUUCUCUCCAAGAAUGGGGUUGGAGAGCCCUGGUAUAUAGUAUCUAGGGGCAGUUUCCCGGACACAGAUUAAACCUAGUCCUGGACUAAAAACAGCUUUUAAUAGACAUUCUUCAUUGAGAUCACUGUCUGGUCCAGGACUAGGUUUAAUCUGUGUCUGGGAAGCCGCCCCAUAAUACAUCAGUCCCAGUCAUAUUUCUUCUUCGACUCUGUCAUUAAUUAUUAUUAUAAUUAACCCCAGGUGUCUCAGGCUGCAGUCGACCUGAAGAACUUCUGUCUGCAGAACGCUCACAAGGACCCUCUCCUGAUGGGGGUACCCUCCAGUGACAACCCCUUCAGACCCCCCAAGUCCUGCAGCCUGUUCUGA